GGCGUUGACCCUCACCCGCACCCCAUAUCACCCUUUCUCAAUGGAGGGCGAGAGACGCACGAGGUUUCGUCGCGCCGGCCAAACACCCAUUUGAAUGCCUAACGCAGCUAGAUGGGCUCAUAAAAGUUGGGUAAGGAUACUUGCCGCCGUUUUCAAAUCACCCAUCGGUAAAAGCAGCUGCGCAGGAACAAUCCAAAGUGUUUGUUACUACAUUGGAUGCCGUGAUUUUUCGAGUAAAACUGGAUAGAUCCUAGCACAUCGCAUUGAUAAUACUAGACAUGCCACUAAUAUCAGCGACAUCUGAACACCUUCAGUUCUGGUAAUUUGAAGAACAGCGAAAUUUGACGGACUACGAUAUUUGUAAGCAAAAGAACAUAUGCUACAAAGACUCAUUGCCUCAAUUGAUACGUUGUAAAAAAGUGUCAGUGAAACACAUAUUUAUCGUUUAGUGUGAGUGAGCGAAAGUUGGAUAAUUUUGUGUAGACGCUGCUCAGUUUCUAUGGAGAAACGUGUUUGAUCAAAAAUAGGCUCUCAUCAAAAGGUCUACGGACAAAGAGAGACAACAGCUUGCGAAGCUUUGUGAAAAUCGUUCAGGACUACAGCAUUGGAGAUAAGGACUUUACCUAAAUCUUUUUCUAGGUGUGGCUACUUCUACCCGGGCAUCUGUAAGAAACUGUAACAGCCUUUAUCUAGAGUUCUUGAUUGAUUUCGUCAGUGAGUACGUGAAGUGACUUGAAACUUCACUUUAGAAGGAAGGUAGUCUUUUAUGUUCGGCCAUCCAAGCAAGCGGCACUCAUUAGACCUAUUUUGGAUCCUAAUCAUCUCUCAACACCAAUUUCGGUUCGUUGCAUUGAUGAAACAUCACUGAGAGCGGCGGCGGCGACAACCCAUAAUGAUGAAAAAGCCCCAACGGCGUCUGCUUGCUUCCCUGACAGCGGCUACACUUAUCCUGGCGCUAGCCGUUGCGCCGGGUUCCCAAGGAUUGCCUCUACGCCUGACGCAUUUAUCGGUGCCAUCGGUCGUUGUUGCGGGUGAAGGUACCUGGUUAAAUUGCAGCUAUGAUCAGGGCGACGACGUCAUCUAUUCACUCAAAUGGUAUAAGGAUAACGUUGAGAUAUUAGGAUAUAUGCCCUUCGAUGAACCCGUCAAAAUCAAAAGCUACAAUCUCACCGGAGUGUAUAUAGACCUGGAACGGUCGAGGCCGAAUCCUGCUAACAUCUAUUUGAGUCACACCGACCGCUACUCCGAAGGCCGUUAUCGGUGCGAGGUGUCGGGAGAGUCUCCUAGUUUUAACACGGCGCGCGCCCAUAAGGAUAUGACUGUCGUAGCAAUCCCAUCAAAUGGACUUAUCUUGUCGGGCGUGUUAGAGCGACGAGCUUACGAAAUCGGCGAUUUGGUCAACGUGUCCUGCAGCUACGGACCGAGCAAACCCAACGCUUCCCUGGAUUGGUUCAUCAACGAAAUCAAAAUGCCGGCAGGGGCAGAGCACAUUCUCGAGUCCUAUUCUAUGGAUACUGAAGGUCGAAGCCUGAUAACCAAGACGUUAACUUUCACGCUUACACCAUCGCACCUUUGGCGGGGUGAAAUGAAGUUGCGUUGCAAUUCACUUAUUCGCGUAGAAUUCAAUGUUAGCAGUGAGGAAAUCAAGCUUAAGAAUAAGGGGACACAUGUCGAAACAUCCGCGAGUCUGGACGGUCCAAUUGUGACAGGAUUGCAGAAGUCGUACCGUUAUCCGUCUGAUCAUGUGAAACUCAGUUGCCGGACCGAGACCUACCUCAAUUCAGAUCGAAGCCCAGUGCGACUCAUGUGGCUUCUCAAUGAGAAAGAGAUCACGGGCUCGAAACUGGUAUACACUACUCAAAAGAUGCAGGACAAUACGACGCAUACAUUCCACGAGCUUAGUCUCCGACUCAACGAUCCGGCUUUCCCGAUGAUCGGCAAGGGCCAGGACACCAAACUGAGAUGCGUGUCGACAGAAGAAAUCGAGUUUAGUCAGAACGCCGUACGUGUUCUUCGACUACGUGAACACUACUCAUCGGGAGCCUCAUCCGAUUCGGCGUUGGCGCUUCAAAACCACGAGAAUCGGAUACUCAGUUUUCUGGCCGCUGCAUACUACACCUUUGUAAGCACUCCACAUUCAGCAGGCUCAAGGCCAUCGUCCUGUAUUGCUAUAACAGUGACAGUUGUGCUGUUAGUCUCAGCGUUCUGUCGAAGUUUGUAAGCGUGACCGCAUUGAAAAAUUUGAUGCUCAUAGAAAGGCACAGUUCCACGGGCCGUCCGAUUUCUACGGGUCUGCGAUUAUGCACAGAUACCGACGACAUCGAGUACCAUCCAUAGAAGUUAGAAUCCGUUUUAGACUGACUGAUUGACUGACGAUAUCCACGUACAUCUGAAAUGGUCAACUAAUAAAAACGCUACCAUACGAGGCACAAAGCAAAUAUGGCUGUCAUGUGCUACUGCUGCGUUUGCUAGUUCAAAUUUAUGUCAGAUUAAAAAUACUUCAUUCAGCUCUACAAAGGCUUUCGGCCUGCCCGAGAAUCAAGCAAAUGGUGUUCAUUUUUGAAAAUAAUGAUCUACGGACUAACAAGGAACUGCCCCUUUUUUUCUGUUUUUACUAUGAUUCCAUAUAAUACACAAUGCAAAAGAACGGUUAGUAAGUCUCUUUACUCACACGACCCGUGUAUUGUUUAACGCGGCUCUAAACAACGAUCUGGCUUAUUCAGACUGAAGGUUCGACUAGCCGGUUCUGCACACAAACUAAGACAAUAAUUGACAAAAACAAAUCAUAUCUUCUAACGCUCGCCGAUCUGAACGGCAGCAUGCGACAAAAGAUGUAACACUAACAUUCACAAAACGCUAAGUUGUCUAGAUUCGAUAUAGGCGUGCAGUGAAAAUCAUAGCACGAGACAGCAACGCCAAAAACCACGAAGACAAUACUAUCGCUGACGACAAGAAGAAUGGCCAGUAACAAAAAAAAAAAAAA